AGCAGCAGCAGCAGCAGCAGCAGCAGCGUCUUCUUCCUCCUUGCAGGCAACUCCCCCACCGGGAGAAAACUCAAACUCUUAUAGUUUGCUACCAGGAUGAACAGAAGCAACAAAGAAUAAGACUGCUGUGCAUUUUAAUGGUUCUGUGGAAAUCGGACUUUUAAUCAGGUUCUUCUCUGUGGUUCAACAACAUGCAGCCCAGUCAGCGCUUUGGUACUGAGUGAGCCAUACACAGUUAAGUACAGCAGAGAAUGAAGAACUUCUACAAUAUGGAUGACGCGAAGCCAUGUCAAAAUAUCUGAUUUUUUAAUAGAAACAGGAAAAGUGGAACAUCUUGAAAUGUUGGGUCAAAUCUUGAGCAAGAUCAUCAAGUAGACUCAGUCUAGCUUUCAAGAUGGUGGCACCUAUGUCAUGGAGAAUUUAAUCAGAAAACAAAUCAAAUGAUACACUUCUGAAAAAAGAAAGGUGGAGGGAGAAGAAGCACUCUCAAGGUUAUCUUUUUGAUCUGCUGCUGAUUGGGGUUCUUUGAACAGACUCUGCUCAAUGCUGAUAUUUGACAAAUGAAGCAGAAACAACCACUUGGCCCCAGGCUACUCAGAUAAAACUUCAAACAAGCUUCUCACCGUCACACCUGAGGAUCUGUCGACCAGACCAUAUACUCAAUCACAGACUUUUCUUUUUUUCCUGCUCUAAAUCACACAUCACCCCAGGAAAUGGAGGCCAAUGCCACACAGAUGAAGAAAUUCAAUUUGGGCUUAAAAUCUUUUCAGUGACCUCCAUGAACAAGUGCCAAGGUGCUUUUCUGUUUCGAACUUUAAGGUUUGAAAAAUAACAUGCUGCCUCUGUGGAGCGAAGUGGUGGUAAUGGUAAGGAGGUUAUUCAUUCAUUCUGCUGAAUAGAAGAGCACCAAGAACAAUGCCUUCAAAGGUCUCAUGUUUGUAUGUCCUGACAGUCGUGUGCUGGGCAAGUGCUCUUUGGUACUUAAGCAUCACACGUCCCACUUCGUCCUACACAGUUCACAAAACAUACGACAGCAUCUCAAUGGCUAGAAAAAACGUCUCCUUUGGAAAUAUCAGGACUCGACCAAUAAACCCUCAUUCCUUUGAUUUCCUCAUAAAUGAGCCAGAGAAAUGCGAGAAGAAUGCUCCCUUUCUGGUCAUUCUUAUCAGCACAACACAUAAAGAAUUUGAUGCCAGGCAAGCCAUUCGAGAGACAUGGGGAGACGAGAAUAACUUCAAAGGCAUUAAGAUCUCCACUCUUUUUCUUUUGGGGAAAAACACGGACCCCGUGUUAAACCAGAUGGUAGAGCAAGAAAGUCAAAUUUUCCAUGACAUUAUUGUGGAGGAUUUCAUUGACUCCUAUCAUAACCUGACUCUGAAAACAUUAAUGGGAAUGCGGUGGGUGGCUACCUUUUGUUCAAAAGCCAAGUAUAUCAUGAAAACAGACAGUGAUAUUUUUGUAAAUAUGGACAAUCUUAUUCACAAAUUGCUAAAACCCAACACCAAGCCAAGAAGGCGGUACUUCACUGGCUAUGUCAUCAAUGGAGGCCCAAUCAGGGACGCCCGUAGCAAAUGGUAUAUGCCUAGGGACUUGUACCCUGACAGUAACUAUCCACCAUUUUGCUCAGGCACUGGCUACAUUUUUUCAGCUGAUGUAGCGGAGAUGAUUUACAAAACAUCUCUCCACACCAGACUUCUGCAUCUUGAAGAUGUGUACGUGGGACUCUGUCUACGGAAGCUUGGCAUCCACCCUUUCCAAAACAGUGGCUUUAAUCACUGGAAGAUGGCAUACAGCCUGUGUAGAUAUCGACGUGUUAUCACAGUGCAUCAGAUAUCACCUGAGGAGAUGCACAGGAUUUGGAAUGACAUGUCAAGUAAGAAGCAUCUCAGAUGUUAGGACUUUUUACAGAUGUAAAUACUUCUUUUGGUGGAAAAUUUGUUCUUGUUUUUCAUCUGAGUAGAGAGUAAACAGAUAUAACUCAGCAAUGCGAAAUUAACUUCCAGCAGGGGAACAUCUUUGAUAUGUUUUGGUUGGUUGAUCUUUGCAGCCUCAACCUCGGUUUACAAACUGCAGGCUCUUCAUAAUAGUCUUCUCUAUAUCAUCGGUCUUGUUCAGUGUUGCAACAGUAUGCACAAGAAGGCAGAUGACUAUCAGAGGGUCACCAAUCCAUUUCCAUGAUGUCUCUGGAAUAAGAACUGUCUUCUUAGCCUGGGUGGGUAAUUUGAGGGUCCUAGGGGUUGUUUCACAUGUCUUUCAGGUUCUUGUUAAAAUCAUGAGAAUCCUCACUUUAAAAAAAAAUAAUCUUCAUGCUAACUGAAAUGAAUUUGAAUGUUCCAAGCUAAAGAAUGUUAUUAUGUGCUUCUUUUCCACAGAGGAUGGUGUUUUCUCAGUGAUCACCAAAGACCCAUUUAAAAUACAGGCUGAUAUCCUUAUCCAUGAUCCAUGGGUUCUUUCUCCAUGGAUUCAACCAUCCAUGGCUUGAAAUAUAUAUAUUUCCAAGCUAUGGCUGUUUCAAGCCAUGGAUAUU